GCAGUCCAUCGCCCAAUAACAACUAUGGCAGUGGAAUUGGCGGGCUUUCCAACGGCAGCCGCAUGGCUCGCAACCUUCGCCGUCCUCCUCCUCUUCGGCCGCCACCUCCGCCGCCGCCGAUACAACCUGCCACCCGGCCCAAGGCCCUGGCCCGUCAUCGGCAACCUCAACCUCAUAGGCCACCUCCCUCACCGCUCCAUCCACGCCCUCUCUGAAAAAUACGGCCCCAUCAUGCACGUCUGGUUUGGAUCCAACCCAGUUGUUGUCGGCUCCUCCGUUGAGUUGGCCAGAGAGUUCCUCAAAACCCACGACGCUACCCUGGCCGGCCGCCCCAAGUUCGCCGCCGGCAAGUACACCACCUACAACUACUCCGACAUCACUUGGUCCCAGUACGGCCCGUACUGGCGACAAGCUCGCAAAAUGUGCCUGACGGAACUGUUCAGCGCUAAACGCCUAGAAUCCUACGAGUACAUCAGAAGAGAAGAGUUGAAAGCUCUUCUGAAGGAAUUACACGAUUCGGCGAGCAAGACCAUAGUGCUGAAAGAUCACCUCACAACUCUGAGCCUGAACGUUAUAAGUAGGAUGGUACUGGGGAAGAAGUACACGGAGAAGAGCGAUGACGCGAUCGUGUCGCCGGAGGAGUUCAAGAAGAUGCUGGACGAGCUGUUCCUGUUGAACGGAGUGUUUAACAUCGGAGACUUCAUCCCGUGGAUCGAUUUUCUGGAUCUGCAGGGUUACAUAAAGAGGAUGAAGGCGUUGAGCAAGAAGUUCGAUAGAUUCAUGGAACACGUUUUGGAUGAACAUAACGAAAGAAGAAGAGGGGUUUCAGAUUAUGUCCCUAAAGAUAUGGUGGACGUGCUUCUUCAACUUGCAGAUGAUCCCACUCUCGAGGUCAAGCUCGAGAGGCAUGGAGUCAAAGCCUUUUCUCAGGACUUAAUAGCCGGAGGAACAGAGAGCUCGGCAGUAACAGUAGAAUGGGCAAUCUCAGAGCUUCUGAGAAAGCCGGAGAUAUUCGAGAAGGCGACGGAGGAGCUGGACAGAGUGAUCGGAAGAGAUCGAUGGGUUGAAGAGAAAGACGUCCCCAACUUACCCUACAUCAACGCCAUAGCCAAAGAAACCAUGAGGCUCCACCCUGUGGCUCCCAUGCUGGUGCCGAGAAUGGCCAGAGACGACGUCAAGAUUGCCGGCUACGACAUCCCCAAAGGAACUCAGGUGCUGGUGAACGUCUGGACCAUCGGAAGAGACCCGACGAUAUGGGAAAAUCCGAACGAGUUCGAACCAGAGAGGUUCUUGAGUAAGAACAUCGACGUGAAGGGGCAUGACUUCGAGCUUUUGCCGUUCGGAGCAGGAAGAAGAAUGUGCCCGGGAUAUCCUCUGGGGUUGAAGGUGAUUCAGGCGAGCUUGGCGAAUCUGUUGCAUGGGUUUCAUUGGAGACUGAAGGACGGGAUGAAGAAGGAGGAUGUAAGUAUGGAGGAGAUCUUCGGGCUCUCUACUCCCAAGAAACUGCCACUUGAAGCUGUGGUUGAGCCCAGACUUGCUCCUCAUCUUUACUAAUGGGGGCCUCCAUUUCCAGCUAUCUACGAUCUCAAGUUUAGGUUAUAUAUCGUCUCUAGUAAGAUUAAGAGUUUGAGGGAGAUAGAGUAUUGUAACCUAAUAAAUAUAUGCUGAUGGGUAUAUUGAUGUUUCUGGGUUUGCUUAAAUUUUCUCCCACAUGAAAUUAAAUAUUGAGAAUGUUGGGGCUUUUACAGUUCA